UUGUUGCUUCUUGGUUUUCUGAUUCUUUCUGUUUGCGGCGACGGCGGCGCGUUUGAAGUGUAAUUUUCAAGAGCAGCAGAUUGUUUACAUUAUUUUGUUCUAUCUGUACACACAAAUCGAGCGCAGGCCAGUGAACCAGUGUGCUCCACCCCCUGAAAAUCGAAGAUGUCGGGCACCAUACUGGAGAACCUGAGCGGCCGCAAGCUGUCCAUAUUGGUGGCCAGUCUGCUGCUCUGCCAGGUGCUGUGCUUCCUGCUGGGUGGUCUUUAUGCCCCCCUGCCCGCCGGCCAUGUCACCGUCCUUGGAUCGCUGUGCCGCGAGGAUCACACCCGCCAGAACGACACUGGGUUUCUCUUGUACUCCCGCGGAGCAGGAGCCUGCACCCCAGUGACCCGGGAGGAGGUGGAGCGGGAUUCCAUGAAGAUGGCCAACGAGUUGGUGCACGUGUUCCAAAUGCCGCUUCCUCGCGAUCUGCGCGACUUGGACUACUCCCGCUGGCAGCAGAAUCUCAUCGGAGUUCUGCAGGUGGAGUUCGGCUACGACUCCUCCUCGGAGCUUAGGGAGCCGCCCAGGGAACUCCAGCUGACCAUCGACAUGCGCCUGGCCUAUCGCAAUAAGGGGGACCCGGAUAACGCGUGGAAGUUGUAUGCCCACGGGGUGGAACACCGCUACCUGGACUGCGUGACGGCUCAUGUGGGACCCACUGAGACACUCUACUCCUGCGACAUGAUCCCCCUGUUUGAACUGGGCGCCCUGCAUCACAGCUUCUAUCUGCUGAACCUGCGAUUCCCGCUGGACACGCCCCGCCAGAUGAACCUACAGUUUGGGCACAUGCAUGAUCUCACGCUGACCGCCAUCCAUCAGAACGGAGGAUUCACGCAGAUCUGGCUGUUGCUGAAGACGGUGCUGUUUCCCUUUGUGGUGGGCAUCAUGAUCUGGUUCUGGAGGCGGGUGCAUCUGCUGCAGCGAUCGCCGGCCCUGCUGGAGUACAUGCUCAUCUAUCUGGGAGCUGCUCUGACAUUCCUCAACCUGCCGCUGGAGUACUUGUCGCUGGCCUUCGAGAUGCCUUACAUGCUUCUGCUGAGUGACAUCCGUCAGGGAAUCUUCUACGCCAUGCUGCUCUCGUUCUGGCUUGUGUUCGCCGGGGAACACAUGCUCAUCCAGGAUGCCCCGAAUAAGUCAACCAUCCGGUCGCGUUACUGGAAGCACCUCUCUGCCGUCGUAGUGGGCUGCAUCUCGCUGUUUGUCUUCGACAUCUGCGAAAGGGGCGUGCAGCUGCGCAACCCAUUCUACUCCAUCUGGACCACUCCGCUGGGCGCAAAGGUGGCUAUGACCUUUAUAGUGUUGGCAGGAGUUUCGGCGGCCGUUUACUUCCUGUUCCUGUGCUACAUGAUCUGGAAGGUGUUCAGGAACAUUGGCGACAAGCGCACUUCGCUGCCUUCUAUGUCCCAGGCACGCCGACUACACUACGAGGUUUGCAUAGAUUUACCGGAUUCAAAUUGGGCCGACCUAACAGCAUUUUACUGGAAGUCUUUUACCCUCUUUUGCAUUUCUGUAGUACAUCCACUUUUAGCACUUCUUGCAAAACCUGCAAAAAGCAUAGGACUUAUAUAUCGCUUUAAAUUCUUGAUGCUGGCCACCCUUGUGUGUGCUGCCCUCACUGUGGCCGGUUUCAUCAUGGGCCAAAUGGCCGAGGGUCAAUGGGAUUGGAACGACAACGUGGAGAUUCAGCUGACAUCCGCCUUCCUGACCGGCGUGUACGGCAUGUGGAACAUCUACAUCUUCGCUCUGCUUAUUCUGUACGCCCCCAGUCACAAGCAAUGGCCCACAAUGCACCACAGCGACGAGACCACUCAGUCCAAUGAGAACAUCGUGGCCUCGGCUGCCAGCGAGGAGAUCGAGUUCAGCCACCUGCCAUCGGACUCCAACCCGAGCGAGAUCUCUUCCCUCACCUCGUUUACCCGCAAGGUGGCCUUCGAUUAGGGAGGGACGCUGGAAAGUCAUAUAUUUGAGGGGUUGUGUGCCAAACCGAGAUCACACUUUGGCCUGCAACCGUAACGCUCCAAGUGUGUGCUAAUUUUAUUACCAUAGUCAGUAGCAUUUCUUGCCUAGUUUUGCAUUCUGUGCAUUCGACAACGCGAUCAGCAUUAUUACUUAUCAUUAACGUAUAGAUUGUCUAGUUUCUCUCAGCAUGCUCAAAGUGUACGAUUUUAUCAACUGAAUUUUUUAUGUAUGCCUCGGCAGUAUUAUCUAUUGAAGUCCAUUUUGCUAGCUCGUAAGUUUAAACAUAUAUAUUUAACGAAUAACAUUUUAUACAUGUAUUUA